AUGUUGUCGCCUUCGAAAAAGUUCUUGGGCCUUCGGGGCACUGCAUUGUCAUGGGCAAUUAGCCUGUGCUCGGCCAGUGCAUUCCUACUCUUUGGCUAUGACCAAGGAAUUAUGGGAAGCAUUGUGAGCACACCGUAUUUUCUCGAAGCGAUAAACAUCAAGGCUGAUGACGCCGAUACUAUCUCGACGGUUGUGUCGAUCUACGAUAUUGGCUGCAUGGUUGGCUGUCUUAUUGCUGCCGGUUGGGGUUCGGCUCUUGGGCGCAGACGCACGAUUGCAAUUGGGAUGGGCAUCAUGGUGAUUGGAGCGGUACUGCAAGCCGCCUCGUACAGUGUUGCGCAGAUGGUUGUCGGCAGAAUUGUCUCGGGUAUCGGAAACGGGAUGAAUACUGGCACUGUGCCAACCUGGGUUUCCGAGACAAGCAAGGCAAAGCACAGAGGACAGCUUGUCGCCACACAGUUAAGCAUUGCCGCUUUUGGGAUUGUCAUUGCAUACUGGAUGAACUACGGAUUCUUCCAUCUCACUGGGCAGAUCGUGUGGCGGUUCCCAGUCGCGUUCCAGGCUGUCUUUGCCAUUGUUACUGUAAUUGCGCUCACUUGGCUACCAGAGAGCCCGCGAUAUCUUUACUCCAAAGGCAGACACGAAGAAGCUGAUGAAGUCAUGUCGGCCCUCAAAGGUCUACCGCUCGAGGAUGAGGUUGUACAGGCGGAGCGUGCAGAAAUCCUCGCCGCAAUUGCACUGGAGGAACACUUUGGCGAGUACAAUUUGAAAACAAUCUUCUACGACAAGUCAGGUCAGAAGAUACCGAUCCGGAUAGCAUUGGCCUGUAUCAUCCAAAUGAUUCAGCAAUUGCCCGGCGUCAAUAUCGUCAUCUACUACUCCAGCACCGUGUUUCUUCAGCUUGGAAUAUCUGCCGAGACUUCGCUGGUACUGGGGGGUGUUGCUUCAAUCAGCUUUUGGGUUGGGUCGCUAUUUGGAAUCGCGUUUAUCGAACGAAUCGGCCGCAAGAAGCUCUUGAUCUCCGGCACCAUACCAAUGUUGAUCGGGUACUGCAUCUAUCUGCCCAUGGUGAAAGAUGGCAGAAGUACCCAGCUAUGGGUGGCUUUUGGAGCUACAUGUCUGAUCUGUUUGGCGUUUGGUUGGAGUUGGUUGCCAGUACCCUGGUGCAUUGGACCUGAACUGGUUCCAGUCAAGUAUCGUCACGUUGGUGGUGCUCUGAACGCCUUCACAAAUUGGACUUUUACAUUCAUCAUCGUCAAGGUUGGACCAAUUGGGAUAGCGAACAUCGGAUGGCGGUUGUACAUCGUCUUUAUCAUUUUCACCUUCAUUCAAUUGCCAAUUGUCUGGUUCCUAUACCCAGAAACGAAAGGAUUGACUCUUGAGGAGAUCGACACACUCUUCAUCAAGGAUCGGGCUGUGACGCACACAUUGACGGAGAAGGCAGAAGAGCCUCACGUUAGCAGUCUGACACAAUUCUCGUCACGCCGCUUCAACAUCUUGGCAGCCUCGGCCUCUUCCCGCCCAACAUUGACCUGGACUCAUGACUCUCACACGCUCUUCCCCGAAAUCAGACUCACUUCAGGAGAACGCGUCGAGCAUGGAGCUCUCCAAGCAGACAUGAAGCCUGUGAGGAAUAUUGCGCCAGACAGGAAACGAGAUCAUCAGACGAUUUUCCUUCCAAGCGCUGCGGGAACAUCCCCUCAAUCAAAUCCAAAGCGAACCAAGAUUGAACAGGCUUGUUCAUAUUGUCGCGUUUUACGCCGCAAGUGCAAUGGUCAAAGUCCAUGCAGUUCCUGUGUCGAGAAAUCAGUUCCGUGCGAUUACGGUGGCGAUGCUCAACCCCCGGGGAAGAUGACCCUGGCUAGGGCACUCAAACGGAUCUCGGAAUUAGAGAGCAGACUGCGCGAGUACGAGAAUCUGGACCCUGAGAAAGAUGGCGGCACAACUUCGUCACCACGCCAUAUUGGUCAGAUCUAUGACUACCUCCCAGAGAGCCAUCGACCCGACGAUGAUAUGAGCCAGCUUUUACGUGGAGUGAACUUUCUAACUAUCUCGACGAGAAACCCAGAAUUUUACGGCGGGUCGUCUUCAAACGCCAUUAUCAGCGCGGUGGAAGCCCCUAGCCAUAUCUCACAUAAGCACGACUCAUCUAUGAGGCCAGACCUACCGGCGCAGCAAUGGAUACACAGUUCGCCGAACCUUCGUCUUGCCAAUGCAUCCGGUUCUUCCUUACCUCCCAGGCCUGUCGCUGACGAGUAUGUGAAUCGAUACUUUCAGACUGCCCAUCACAUCUACCCAAUCCUCAAUCCAAAAACGUUCGUGGAGAGGUAUCGAAAUUUCUGGGAGGGACUACCAACGGAAGGAAGAGGCUAUGAACUUUGGAUAGCGGUUAUGUACAUGGUACUGGCUCAUGGCCACCAAUGUAGCAUGGUCGAUCCAGAUACCGCAGUGCGACAGGCCGCGCUUAAUUCCAAUCACGGUGAAGUCUGCUUCAACCUGGCAAAGGCUGUUCUUACCGAUGUCUCCUUCACCUCUGGUGAUAUGUCAAGCGUCAACAGUUUGUUCCUUGGUUUUGCGUGGCUGUAUAACCAGCAGAGACUCCACGAAGCCUACGCUAUGAUGGGGGUUGCAACACGAGUUGGCUAUGCUAUUGGUAUGCACAGGGAGCUCAUUGUUUUGGGCGGUCCUACUGCAGACGCUAAUGGCUGGUGCGCAUCGUGGUGGUGUCUCUUCACCUAUGAAACCGAACUCGCGGCUCUUUCUGGUCGACCCUGCGGGAUUCAACCCCGAGAAGUUGAUGUUAGACCAUUUUCCCUGGACUCAUCACCGAUUGAUUUCCAGUACCUCGAACGAAUGCGACAGUUCUCAUACCUGGCUUGGGAUGCAUACGAACAGGUCUACUCUUUGGAAUACAAACACACCAGUGUCUCAGAACGGACCGAGGCACUCAAAAUGGCCGAUGCAGCUCUUUGCACGUGGUACGAUGAAUGGUCUGAGAACUCGAUUUGGGUCAAGGAACCUCAUGGACUGAUACUACGGCUGCGCUACUUGAACUUGCGCAUUCUGCUGUACCGGGCAUUUCUCAACCUCGUUGUGCAGAAAAAAGAGGCCGGCAAGGUGAUCCCGGAGGACCUGCUCGCAGCGGCUGCUAGGUGCAUUGUGAUGGCCAUAUCGUUGAUUGAGACCACCACAACCUGUAUCAACCCGGGCAGUUCAGGGACUCUUCAGGCAGCUCUUUUGCCAUCAGCUGGCUAUCUUUGGAACGCGACAAUCACACUCUUGCUCUACGUUACCAGCCAGGUAGUCCGUGAUACUCUGCCCGAAACCGCACCAGAUUACACCACUGUCAUCUCAAGCAUCCAAACGGCAAUUGCUUUCCUGACCGUCCAUCAAGAUGCCCUAGCAUCUGCACCCGAGUCAAUCAAGAAAGGACAAACCUUACUCAACAAAGCGAUAGCCUCGUUCGACGACGCCCAAAGGAAUGGGGAUGAUCCUGGCUACCAAACCGACAUCCGACUACCCCAUUUUGAGUCACCUUCGGAUCAGAUUCUGGAUUUUGUACACGGCUUCGACGUCCCGACAUUUGACUUUGGCAGACCCUCUUCCGAUCACAUUUCUGGUACGAUUGGAAGCGAAAAGUAUGCUACAGGCGACCAGGCGCAAGAACCCGAUUUCAAUGCCCAGUGGACACAGGAAGUGGACACAUUUUUCUUCCAACACCUGGGAGAACAGGGUUAG